UCUCUCUUCGUUUAUUCAUUGCUCCCCCUCUCCUUCUCCCUUGGCGUUCCUCUUUCUGACUACCUUUUCUAGCAACUGUCCCUAACCAACCAAUCUCACACCCUGGAUUCUCCCUCCUUCCCCCCCCCCCUUCCAACCCUCCAAUCUCCCAUCCCAGGCACUACAACUGCCCGCCUCAGGUGCCCAAGCAAUGCUGCUACCUCUUUCCCCACUCCGUCCCCCUUGCCUCCUCCUACAUCAACCCCGCCUCUCGCUCUUUCUCAUCCCAUCGCUUCCCUUUAUCCCAUGCAAUAUCUCUGAGUACUUCAUCCGCCAAGUUAAAUGCACUCUCCCCUUUCCCCCUCUUUUCCCCUUGCCUGCCUCUUCCAAACCCCCACUCUCCCCUUCCCUCCCAUCGCUCCUUCCCAUGCAGGCAGCACUGUUGCCUGUUGCCACAACCCACCUAAUUGCACUCUUACCUGUUUGCCACUUACUGUAACCCUCUCGCUCUCUCUCCAGGCCACCUGCUCUCCCCUUCCUUUCCUUCCCUUCCUCCCAGGCACUACUUCUGCCCUCCACUGGUGCCCACGCUAUAUCACUCUAUCCGUGUCCCCUCGCCCCCCCUUGUCCCUUCCCCUCUCCUAUUCCCUUGCUCCCUUUCAUCCAGGCAGUAUUUCUGCUUGCCUUAGCUGAUCACACAAGUGCACUCUCUCCUUUCCCCUAUAUAUGCUCGCCAGCAUAUGUUCCCAAUCCCACUCUCCUUUCCUCUCCUUUCCCCCUGCCACCCUCUCUUCCAACCUCUUCUCUUUCAUUCUAUUUGUUCCGUCAAUCCCAAGCGCUACCGCCAUCGUCGUCCACCCAAUCGCACUCUCUUAUCCCUCUCCAUCUCCCGUUCCCUUCAGAUUCCACUCCCCCUUUUUCCCAUCCCUCUCUUCUCUCCAUCUCAUUCAUUAGUUCUGCCUGGCGCCGCAUCUAACUCAAUCACGCUCUGUGCUUUCCCCUUUCCUCCCUUUGCCUCUUUCUUGUCAACCCCUGUACAUCCCAUUUCCAAGUAAACUCUCCCUACACGGUAAUCAUCACUAUUUCGUUUUCUCCAGUUUUGUAAUGUGUACCCGCUUCUCGUACUUGAAAACGUUGAUUCAAAGCACAUGCUCUCCUUUCAAUCAGCCAAACUAAUUAUGGGGAAUCGAAAUGGAGAGAGGGGUCUUUAUAGCUCGCUACUCCCCUCAUUGGCUCCCAGACAUCCUACUGUUGCCCGGGCCACCCCUCGAAGGUAGGUUCAAUUGUCGAUUCAAGCUCUCCCCAGGUGAGCGGCUCGUCCAUUGGACGCUCGUGGUGGAAGGCUCCCCCGGACGCCUGCCCGAUCUUUGCAUGCAAGGUAAUGGCUUGUUGCCGCUGUAGUGUCACUGACCACCUCUGUCGGAAUGAAUGUAUCAGCUUCUUGGUCACUGCGGACUUUUCGUCUGCGUGGUGAUUCUCCCGGGCGGCUACUACCGCCAGCAGGCAGAGGAGUUCCCGGGUGUCGCUGCUGCAGCACUCGUAUGUCUCUGUUGCCACCCCCAGGACUUUGACGAAGGUGAGUCUUUCGUCGUACAGGUCCCUUUUCUUCUCCUGCAUCUCAGCCGCCAUCCAUCCUGUCCCCUUCCUUGCUGUUGGGUCCCGGGAGGAGAUGGGGUCGGUGACGGUGACGUCACAAACCCAUACCGCGCCUGAGUCCGGUUCUCGGAGGGUGAUGUCGGCACGGCGUUGGGUCGUCUCAGGUAGGUAUAGGGUCGACUCCUUGUGCACCACGAAGUGUGCUUCGCUGGCGAGGCGCGCCCCCAGGUUGACCAGUGCAUUGUGUACCCGAAUGGGUCCUCCGAAGGUGCACCUCAGUAGGUGGUUGGGCAGCCUCUUGUCCUUGAGCUCCCUCUUUUCUCUGCAGUUGCAGUUGUCGGGCAGGGAGUGCUGCAGCCCCAUCCGGAAGGACAGGGCUGUGGCGAACUGUCCUUUGCUCAUUGUGAGGUCCGGGCAGAAGGGGAUGGCCAGCAGCCAGUCACCCACCCCCGGACCUAGCAGCGACAGUAGGCGCUGUGUGUGGCCCAUGUUGGGGUUGAGGGCCAGUGCGCAGGAGUCCGCGACCAGAUCGGCGUGUCGUGCCCCAUG